AUGGAUCUCUUAACAGAGGAUCAAUGGGCGAUUAUGCUAGCGAGAUUACCACCAAUCCAAUUGAUUAAGAAACCCAUCAAAAAGGAAAUGGAUUCGCUCCCAGAGGAGCUGUUUGCGAUGAUACUAGCGAGAUUACCACUAAAGAGCAUCAUCACCUCCAAAUUCGUUUGCAAGCAGUGGAAAUCGCUCGUCGAGUCUCCGUUUUUCCGAGAUAUUUUCAUGUCACUGCACCGAAACUCGCAUUCUUCGUCAUGGUCUUUCAUGUGUAGAGGCUGUGAGACAGAGACGAUGGCUCAUUACGGAUCAGACAACUGGUGUCUGACACGUUCUCUCGGUUCUCACAUCUAUUCUUUCCUAGCUGAAAAGUUCGAGAACCGACAAGGUAGAGUCGUGGCUUACACGGAUGUUGGAUUGGUUUUGAUUCAUGUCGUGACGACUCAAUCUUUCUUCGUGGCUAAUCCUGUUACAAGGCAAUGCGCAGAGAUCCUUACUCAUGGUUUUCUAGAGGAACGUUUCUGGAUCUUGGGAAUCGCGACAAGAACCGAGGACGGCGUCGUUUUGGGUUACAAGGUUGUUCUCUUAAAAGCGAACUUUAGUGGUUUCUUGAUAUAUUCAUCAGAGACCGGCUCGUGGAGUCUCGAAGCUGUUCGUUUCCCUUUCACGUUCGUCUCUCAGGAGUUCAACAACCCCGUUAGCUUGAACGGGAAGCUUCACUGGCUCGCUCACAAUCUCGAGUACAAAGAUUUCGUCGUGUCCGUCGAUUUCUACGCCACGGGUUCUGAUCGAUGCCGUGUUACGCCUUUCCCUGAUUUAGAGAAAACUCCAAAGUUCAGAAGAGCUCUCACGACUUGUCAAGGAUCUCUCAUGUAUAUGAACAUAGUCUCUGUAAGUCUAGUGGAUAAGUUAUGUGUAUGGAAGCUAAAGAGCGAAGGAUGGCAACUAGUAUCUGAAACCUCCACGGCUUUUAUGGAGGACGGUUUUGCUCAUACUCCGUUGGGAAUAAACCCUUUUGAUGAUAAAACAGUCUACUUUUUGAGAGUGAACCGGAUGCACCAAUGUUUGUUAUCUAUCAACUUAGACAAUGGGAACUUUGUGCUCCACGAAGAGUUUGCUGUUGAUGGACCGAGAGAUAUAGAAUUCAUUUUAGAAUCACACUUUUCCUCAUUCGUUCUCCCACAGUGGCUGCAUCAGUUCCCGAACACGGAAGAAAAUGGUUGCUUGAUGAUGAAGGAAGGCAAUCUUUAUUUCACCACACUUGUCCACGUUUUGUUGGCUGUAUCGGAUCGCUUCCUCGCCGUCAGGAGCACGGUGAGAGGAGCUUCUAAUGCAAGAAGAACGAGAGAUACAUCGAAAGAAGUCGUGGCUCACUACGGAUGCGAGGUUUGGGGACUUGAACGAUCUCUUGGCUCCUACGUCUCCUCUUUCAUCACUGCCUCGAGAUUGAAGUCCCGAAAAAAGAAACCUAGAAUCUGGCAUCGAGAACAAGAGUGUGAAGUCCUGUCUUACACCGACACCGGACUGGUUUUGCUCUACGUGAAGACUUACCCCACAGAUCGAACCUAUUACGUAGCUAAUCCGAUUUCAAAACAACGCAUCAAAAUCCCUCCUCCACCUAUUCUUCUUCUAGGGGUAGGGUUUCUUGAAUCAGAAGUAUUACUCAACCGCGCGAGACUCGUCACGCGAACAGAAAACGGAGUCGUUUUGGGCUACAAAGUUGUUCUGAUCACAACAAUGCACGACGAGAACAUAGCUCUCACUACAUAUUCUUCAGAGACAGGCUUGUGGACUUCCAACGUUCUCCAACAUCCCCUCCCUCUGAUCACUCUCAAUGAUCUUGACCCCAUUAGCUUGAACGGAAAUCUCCACUGGCUCGGCCUCAAUCUAGACUAUCAAGAUGUUGUUGUAUCCUACGAUUUCUACGGUUCUGAUCAUCAGUGCCGAGUCAUACCUUUCCCUGACUCAGAAAAAUAA